GAAAUGAAACUUAACAAAAGGAGGAGGGCUCAGAGGAAGGACACACACUAGAUGGGAGUAAAGAGAGACAGAGUGAGAAAUCUGUGAGAUAAGGAGGAUCUCAACCUCUGAACGAUAUGGCAUCCACCCAAGCAUCACCCAGCGAGAUCUGCUCACUGGACAAGCAUCUAAUAUGCUCUAUCUGCAUGGAUCAAUUUGUGGAUCCGGUCACUACAACCUGUGGCCACUCCUUUUGUAAGAAAUGUAUGGACUGCAACAUUAGAAUCAAUGACGGGACAUGCCCUCUGUGCAAGGCACAUCAGAACAGAACCCCACAGGUCAACAUCGUCCUGAGAGACAUUAUCAAACAGAUUAAAGAGAUGAAAGACGAUGAGUACACUGGUGCCCCCGGAGAAGUGGCCUGUGACAUCUGCACAGAAACACGAAAGCUGAAGGCUGAGAAGUCCUGCCUUGUGUGUCUUGCCUCGUAUUGUUCGACCCACCUGGAGAAUCACUCCACAACUAAAAGGCUGAAGGGCCACAAGCUGGUGGAACCUGUGGAAAACUUGGAUGAGAGGGCCUGUCUGCAGCAUGGACGCCCAUUGGAGCUGUACAGCAGAAAGAAGGAGAGAUGCAUUUGUGUACGCUGUAUGGAUGACAGUCAGGAGGAGGUUGUUUCUACUGAAGAUGAAUGGGACAACAAGAAGGCUAAGCUUGAAAACACCAAGACAGAGUUACAACAGAAAAUUGAGAAGAGGAAAACCCAGGUGGAUGAAAUCAAUGCAUCACUGAAGAUCUGCAAGGACGAGAUGGAGGCGGAGUGGUGGGAUAUCGAGGGUGUGUUCACAGCUGUGAUUGCCAUUGUGGAGAAAGCUCAGGCAGAAGCUCUUCAGCCACUAAAGGACAGGAGGCAGGCCGUGGAGAAAGACGCGAAAGACCUGAUAGAGAAGUUGGAAGCAGAGAUCACCUCACUUGAGAAGAACAUCUCUGACCUGGAGAAGAUAUCCGUACUGCAGGAUCACAUCCUUUUCCUGCAGAGUUACCCAUCUCUUCAAGAUGUGAACAUCAAAGACUGGACAAAGGUAGAGUUUGACACUUCACUGGCUUUUGGCACCAUGAGAAAAACCACAACAACCCUGCUGGAACAAAUUCAACAGAAACUGGAGAAGCUGACCUCCAUUGAACUUAAGAGAGUCCCAAAGUUUACAGUGGAUGUAAAGCUGGAUCCAAACACUGCACACCAACGCCUUCUUCUGUCCGAUGAUGGCAAGGAAGUGAAAGAUGGGGGGGAGAACAAGGAAGUAGAUGAUUCUUCUGAGAGGUUUGAUCUGUUUGCUAGCAUCCUGGGGCUUAACAAACUGACCUCUGGGAAGUCUUAUUGGGAGGUGGAGGUCAGCAACAAGACAGGGUGGGACCUGGGUGUGGCAAGAGGCGACGCAAUCCGCAAAGGAAAACUAUCACUGAACCCAGAUAAUGGUUACUGGGUUACUGUGCAUUAUGAAAAUGAAAAGUACGCCGCCCUGACAGCACCACCAGUUCGUCUUACCCAGAAAGACAAGCCUGAAAAGGUGGGAGUGUUCGUGGAUUACGAGGAAGGUCUUGUGUCCUUCUACAAUGUGUCGGCUCAAUCGCACAUCUACUCAUUUAUUGAAUGUUCGUUCAAUGACAAGAUAUUCCCAUAUUUCAGUCCUCAUGCAAAACAAGAUGAAAAAAACGCAGAUCCUUUGAUUAUUUCUACUGUGAAACCCUGCGUGCAGGGCAUGGAUAUGUCAUGAACGAUGUGAGUUUGCGUUUCCCAACAUUUCCCAAUGGCAUUGGCCCAAAAUAAUGUCACAUUUUAGCAGCAAGUUACUUUUUCAGUGCCUUACUGGUCCCAAGGCAUGAAAUACUUUGGCUUCGUCGAUGCCCCUAUGAUGCUGUAGGUACGCCUCUAGUGUAAUGUUUAGAUGUCAGAUGAUUUUGUAUAAGGAAUGAGAAAAGUCAAGGUGGUGGAGGUCCAAAUAGACCCAGUUAGAACUUUAAGACUUAAUCACAAACAUUGAUGGAUAAAUGAUUUGCAGUCUAUAAAUUUCACUUUAAUGUUUUUGCAUUUUAAACCUCUUGGUCAUGGGUUUUUCUACUGUGCAUAAAUGUCAAGUGUGUGCGCAAAUUACAUACAAUACAGCCUAUUUGCAGACUAUUUACAAGUUCUGUAACUACCUUGUUUUUUGUUUUGUUUGUUUUGUUUUACCUCAAAAAUUUUAAUAAAAAU